AUGUCCUUUUCGAACGACCCUGACCCUACCUUCGCAUCCUCCCCGUCAUCAUCCAAGGCUGCGGUAACGAGGCAACCCCAUACCUACCUCGACGUCCCUUCGUUUCGGCCCUCUCGACCCUCUCGCCCUUCCCUCGACAGCGCCUAUUCAGAACUGUCAGAACUCUCAUUUCACACGACUGAGCUGCAAUCCCGGCAUCCUCUCAGCCACGGCGUCUCGGACAUAGAUGGCGCUCCCACAGGCUCGGUGCGGUCACGUAUCGUCACUUCUUUGCAAUCGUUCUACGUCACAAACUACGGUGCCAUGUUGGUCAUGCUUGCUCAGUUGUUUGGCGCCGGUAUGAAUGUCAGCACUCGGCUGCUUGAAACGACGGGCCACCACGGCCAACCCAUGCACCCGUUCCAGAUCCUGUUUGUCCGGCAGUCUAUCACCGCAUCUCUGUGUACAAGCUAUGGCAUUUACUCCAAAUCUUUACCUGACUUCCCCUUUGGUGCUCGCGAAGUCCGCUGGUUGCUUGCAGCAAGAGGCAUAUGUGGGUUCUUUGGUGUAUUUGGCAUGUACUUCAGCCUUCUAUACUUGCCGCUGAGCGAAGCCACCGUCUUGACAUUUCUCUCCCCAAUUCUCACCUGUUACCUCUGCAGCUUCGUCAUGUCCGGUGAGACCUUCACCCGACAGCAGCAGCUCGCCGGCCUCAUCAGUCUCGCGGGCGUCAUAUUCAUCGCUCAGCCGGCGUCCCUCUUGCCCUCUUCAUCGAGCACCUCGUCGCCUCCUCCCAACCCUUCCAUCAGCCAGUCCUCUAACUCCACUACAACGCCCGACCCUCACCAGCCCACAGAGGAGCAACAUCUCACGGCCAUCGGCGUUGCUAUGCUUGGUGUCCUAGGUACCACUGGGGCCUUGACAUCGAUUCGAGCAAUUGGCCAGCGCGCUCACGCUUUCAUUAGCAUCAAUUACUUCAGCGUGUGGUGCACCAUCGUGUCACUGGUGGCUCUAAUCCUCAUCCCUGACGUCAAACUCCGACUUCCAGCAAACAUUACAGAGUGGAGCUUGCUUGCCAACCUCAGUCUUUGCGGCUUUGCCACGCAAUUCCUCCUGACUGCCGGUUUGUCCUACGGUGGCCCGGCGCGGACACACAUUCUUGAAAACCGAAGAGACGGCCAGUCAACGCAAAAAAUAAGAGAUCUCGAAAGUAACGACACUUCAGCUUUCGGCGGUCAUCACCAUCAAGCCUCUGGGCAAGAUGGACUUGUGAUUGGGACAAGAAGGCAAGAGUCGUCUUCUCUGGGGACGCCUAAAUCGAGGCACAGUGGGACUCGCGCAACGUCGAUGGUCUAUACGCAGAUGCUUUUUGCACUUGCGGCGGACAAACUAGUCUUCGGCAUCACUCCCAGCACAAUCAGCUGGGUUGGCAGCAUAUUGAUCCUCGCAGGCGCAGUGUGGGUCGCCAGUGCCCGUGACUCGGCUACAGAAGACGAGCCCCCGGAAGUCGAUGGCCACACCAGGGAGGCUGCUGGCAGCUUUCUUGUGGUUGGUACCCGUAGGCAUGGGAACUCCAAGGAGAUGGCAGAGGAAACUGUCGGAUUGAUGCACGAUCAAGAAUAUGAUGAUGUUGAUGGUGACAUCCGCCGUCGCCACCCCGAUGGCAGUGAUUAUAUCGACCGACAAGACACGGGACAUCCUGCAGUGGAAAGUCUCGAAAUGCACCAACUCCAAUCUGCUAAUACUGGCAGCUGA